CAGUGUCAAAAACUGAAGUUCAUAAAAAGUCUACUAAAAGAAAGAAUGGACAUGAGACAUACUGCACUUCAAGGAUAACAAGAGAAGUUCAUGAAGAAGAGCGUAGAUGAUUACGUCAUCAUCAAAAAAGGACCUUGGCGUGGAAUCACGUUUGAAGAAAUGAAUAAUAACAAAUAUAUACAUCAUAACAAAAUAAGGAAAAAACUACUAAUGAUGAAUUAAGAAUGGGCAACAGGAGUAAAACUUUGAACAAGACAUACCGGAAGUGUUUCCUAUCGGACUCUUUAGACACGGACCAAACCGAGGCCAACUAGUAAACAAUUCUUUGCAGGAAGUCAAAAAGAACAUCCACGUCUAUUAUGUUCGCGUGCCUUUUGUAUAGAAGACAUGCGCUCCGGUACUUCACGUGGUCACGUUUCUGCUCGAGCUUGUCUGCGAACACCAAGCAUGUCACGCACGGACGUGACGGGACAAGGACGGUUAGAAUCGGCUGCGCCUCCGGGUUUUGGGGAGACACGGCCACCUCAGUGCCUCAGCUCAUCCAUGGCGGUAGACUGGACUUCCUGGUGUUUGAUUACCUGAGUGAGAUCACCAUGUCGCUGCUCACGGCUGCCAAGGCCAAGAUGCCGAAUCUAGGUUACGCUCCAGACUUCGUCCAGGCGGCUCUGAAACCGUUUAUCCACGACAUCCAUAGGAAAGGAGUUCGAGUGGUCAGCAACGCUGGUGGAGUCAACCCUCUCGCUUGCGCAGCGGCCAUACAGGACGUCAUCAAGAAGGCCGGCCUGGACCUCAAGGUUGCCGUGGUGACGGGCGAUGACCUCAUGCCCCAUAGAAGCAGUCUCACAGAGGUCAAAAUGGCCACCGACGGCAGCAGCAGUCGCUGUGCGUUACCUCAAUCACUGCACAGUAUGAACGCCUACCUCGGGGCGCUGCCUAUUCGCCGCUGUCUGGACCUGGGCGCCGACGUGGUGGUGACAGGACGCUGCGUGGACAGCGCGCUCGCUCUAGGCCCACUCAUGCACACUUUUGGAUGGGGGAGCGGCGACUUGGACCUGCUGGCAGCCGGCAGUCUGGCGGGUCACCUGAUCGAGUGCGGCGCUCAGAGCACCGGCGGCAUCUUCACCGACUGGCACCGCGUCCCCGACUGGGACAACAUAGGCUUCCCGGUGGUGGAAUGUUCCCCUGACGGCUCCUUCCUUCUCUCGAAACCGCCAAAAACAGGCGGCCUGGUCUCCUUCGGCACGGCAGCCGAGCAGCUGGUUUACGAACUCGGCGAUCCGCGGCGUUACGCGCUGCCAGACGUUGUCUGUGACUUCAGCCAAGUACACAUCCAGGAAGUUUCUGGUGUAGAGGGCGGCGCCGUCAGAGUCAGUGGUGCCAAAGGCUCAGCUCCAUCGGGUGACUAUAAGGUGUGUGCCACCUACAUGGAUGGCUUCCGUGCCACUGCUGUGUGCCCGAUCGCUGGUCCAAGAGCAUCAGAAAAAGGCCGCAGGACAGCCGAGAGCAUUAUCAAAAGGACACGACGCAUUUUUAAGCACUUGGGUCUGGAUGACUUCACAUCUGUCAACAUCCAAGUCCUGGGAGCAGAGGACACGUACGGCGCCAACGCUUGCAACAAAGACACCAGGGAGGCGGUCUUGUGGAUGGCGGUCCAGCACAAAGACAAGAAGGCGCUGGAAGUCUUCUCUCGAGAGAUCGCACCUGCUGGGACCGGCAUGGCUCCUGGACUGUGUGGCAUCGUAGGCGGGCGUCCCCGAGUGUCACCCGUGCUGAAGCCGCUCUUCUUCUUCCACCCCAAAUGUCAAGUCAAGGUGGACAUCCACGUGGACGGACAACUGGUGGAGUCCCUCUCGGAGACCGGGCCCAACACAGGCGAGCUCGAAGAUCCUCUCACCUGUGCCGAGGACGAUCCUGAUGCAGAGCUGCCUGCUGGCCCUCACUGCUACAGACUGGAAGAAUUGGCCUAUGCCAGGAGCGGAGACAAAGGAGACUCAGCCAACAUUGGAGUCAUCGCUCGCAAUGCCCUCCUCUUCCCCUACCUGAAGAAACACUUGACUUCUUCCGUGGUGGAGGACUACCUGGCCCACGUCUUCCCGCCGGGCCUCAGCGGCGCCGUCACACGAUACACUCUACCAGGCAUCAACGGUCUCAAUUUUGUCCUGAAGAAUUCUCUUGGGGGGGGUGGGGUGGCAUCACUGCGCAGUGACCCCCAGGGAAAAGCCUUCGCUCAGAUGUUGCUGGACUUGAAACUCAGAGGACUUCCUGACCUCAAAUCCCUGCUCUGUUGACCACGCGCACACACACACACACACACACACACACACACACAGGUUUCAUGGGCUUGUUUGUAAAAAGAGGUUGAGGAGCCCACAAGGGAUCCCCACAAUGUGACCUAAUUGAAAGCAGCGUGUUGCCACGGCAACCGCUGCCAUGUUGGCCUCCAGUGUAUGGAAAAGCAUACUAACUUGCUGGGAUGAAGUAGAAAGAUGCCGUUUUAUGACCUUUAGCCUCUCUGAUGUUCGUGUGUCAGCUUCAUAUGAAGUCACUUCAUUGUGAAAGGACACGGCUGCUAGCGUAGCAUGUUAGCAUCCGCACACCUGGCCAACAUGAGUGCCUUUGUGAGCUGCAUGUGUGUGUAGAUUCUGUUUGAAUCAUACAGAAAUAAACAAAGUGCUCUUUAA